AAAAAGUAAUUCUCUUUAUUCUUUAUUCUUUAGCCUCUUUGGGUAAAAGGGUUGUGACGUAAUAUAAAUUCAGUGUUGCAUCUGAAACACUUUGGGACAUACCACCAAGAAAGAUAAGAAGGAACUAGAAGAGCAGGCGAAGAUGCACCAUCCACCCCACGACCCUCAUCAUCAUCCACCGCCACAAGGACCACCACCACCUCACCACGAGCCACCGCCUCCACAGGCACCACCUCCAGGGCCUCCUCAUCAUCAUGGUCCUCCGCCUCCUCCAGGUCCCCAUGCGCCUCCACCAGGGCCGCCGGGACCACAUCCUCCACCAGGCCCUCCGGGACCGCAUCCUCCACCUCAACAUCACCACCACUAGUCAAGAUCAACUGGUUGCAGGUCUAGCUAGCUUCGAGCUGUAGCUGAUCUCAACCUCAGUCUUACUGCCGUGUUUGGCUUGUAAUAAUCCCUUAAUCUAGCGUGUAUGAUAAAAAAAACAUUACCAAAUAAGGCAGGGAACUAUGCUCCAGCAUGUGCUGCAGUACUGGUUCUGGCAUGUUCUUGUGUAUGUGCUAAUUGAAAUCUGUGUUUUUAUGUACCAGACUAGAUAAAAAAUAAUAAUAAUAGGCCCGUCUAUCUGGGGUUUUUUUUUAUUUUUUUGGACAAUUGAGAGUGGCAUUUUC